GCAAAAAACAACCCAACCAAAAACCCCAAGCCCAGAGCGGCGCGCGGUGCUUUUUUUUUUUUUUUUUUUUUUUUCCUCCUUUUGGCUACCCAAAACUUACGGAACUCGCCGCGGCACCGGGCGGCUCCGCUCGAUGCGGCGGCGCUGAGCCCCGCGGAGCCAUGGCCAUGGUGGCCGGCGCUUGGGGCGAGCCCAACGGUGGCGGCGGAGGCGGCGGAGGAGGAGGAGGAGGAGGAGGCGGCGGAGGGGAGGAGGCGGCGUCCCCCGCGGGCGGCGGCAGCGACGCGGAGCACGGCGAGGAGGAACGGGCCGGGGCGGCCGCCGUGGACUGCGUGGUGUGCGGGGACAAGUCGAGCGGGAAGCACUACGGGGUGUUCACCUGCGAGGGCUGCAAGAGCUUCUUCAAGCGCAGCAUCCGCAGGAAUCUCAGCUACACCUGCAGAUCCAACCGGGAUUGCCAGAUCGACCAACACCACCGCAACCAAUGCCAGUACUGCCGCCUCAAGAAGUGCUUCCGAGUGGGAAUGAGGAAGGAAGCCGUGCAGCGGGGCCGCAUCCCGCCCAGCCACUCCAGCAGCAGCCCCAACCCCAUUCCCAGCGGCGAAUACUUCAACGGGCAGCCGGUGUCGGAGCUGAUUUCCCAACUCCUCCGCGCUGAGCCGUACCCGGCCGCCCGCUACGGCUCCCAGUACGCCCAGCAGGGCAGCGUGAUGGGCAUCGACAACAUCUGCGAGCUGGCCGCCCGCUUGCUCUUCAGCACCGUGGAGUGGGCCCGGAACAUUCCCUUCUUCCCGGAGCUUCCCGUCUCCGACCAAGUGGCGCUGCUGCGGCUGAGCUGGAGCGAGCUCUUCGUGCUCAACGCGGCGCAGUCGGCGCUGCCGCUGCACAUGGCGCCGCUGCUGGCGGCCGCCGGCUUCCACGCCUCGCCCAUGUCGGCCGAGAGGGUCGUGUCCUUCAUGGAUCAGAUCCGCGUUUUCCAGGAGCAGGUGGAGAAGCUCAACCGGCUGCAGGUGGACUCGGCCGAGUACAGCUGCCUCAAGGCCAUCGCGCUCUUCACCGCCCGACGCCUGCGGCUUGUCCGACCCUGCCCACGUGGAGAACCUCCAGGAGAAGGCUCAGGUGGCGCUGACGGAAUACGUGCGAUCCCAAUACCCAUCCCAACCCCAACGCUUCGGGAGGCUCCUGCUGCGGCUCCCGGCGCUCCGGGCCGUUCCCGCCGCCCUCAUAUCCCAACUUUUCUUCAUGAGGCUCGUCGGGAAAACUCCCAUCGAGACGCUGAUCCGGGACAUGCUGCUGUCCGGGAGCACCUUCAACUGGCCCUACGGGACCGGACAAUAGGGACGGACGCUCCGGAGGAGGGUGGGGAGGGAAGGAAAAUAUCCCGGGAAUGCUCGAUGUGGAUUCCCCGAACUGCUGGCUCCGGAGUUCGUCCCGUUCCCACGGGAAUGGGGAUGCUCCCUCUGGGGUUGGCCCUAAAAUGUUGUGGGCUUGUCCCCAAAAGUUUUGGGCUCCCGGCAUUGUCCCUAAAAGUUUUGGGGUCACAGCGUUGGUGCCAGAAGUUGUGGGGUUGUCCACAAAAGUUUUGGGGUCCUGGCGUUGUCCCCCGAAGUUAUGGGGUCAUCCCUGAAAGUUUUGGGGUCCUGGCGUUGUCCCCAAAAGUUUUGGGGUCCCAGGGUUGUCACCAGAAGGUUUGGGGUCCCAGCGUUAUCCCCAGAAGUUAUGGGGUCGUCCCUGAAAGUUUUGGGGUCCUGGUGUUGUCCCCAGAAUUUUGGGGUCCUGAGUUGUUGCCAAAAGUUGUGGGGUUGUCCCCAAAAUUUUGGGGUCCCAGGGUUGUCACCAGAAGUUUUGGGGUCCCUGUGUUGUCCCCAAAAUUAUGGGGUUGUCCCCGAAAGUUUUGGAGUCCUGGUGUUGUCCCCAAAAUUUUGGGGUCCUGGCAUUGUCACCAGAAGUUUUGGGGUCCCAGGGUUGUCACCAGAAGGUUUGGGGUCCCAGCAUUAUCCCCAGAAGUUAUGGGGUCGUCCCUGAAAGUUUUGGGGUCCUGGUGUUGUCCCCAAAAUUUUGGGGUCCUGGCAUUGUCACCAGAAAAGUUUUGGGGUUCCCACAUUGUCCCCAAAACUUUUGGGGUCCUGUCAUUGUCGCCGGAAGUUUUGGGGUCUCGCCGUUGUCGCCAAAUCUGUGGGCUCGCCCUAAAUCCGAAGGUUCUCCCGGUUGGAAUCUGGACUGAGCCGAUCCCUGGGGAGCUUCCCGACCUUCUGGGCACCCCUUGGGGACAUCGGGGUGUCCCCAGGGUGGCUCUGUCCCCUCCGGGGAGCCCCGGGAAGGGCGAGCCCGCUCUUUGUUCCCCGGAUUCCGGAGGUUGGGAAGUGUGGCCGGGUGUCCCCUGAGGUGUCCCCUGAGCACCCAGGGGUGUCCCUAAGGAGGGAGGGGACCCCAGGGGUGUCCCUAAGGGUGGAGAGGGGACAGAGGCACCCAGGGGUGUCCCCAAGGAGGGGGAGGGGACAGAG